AGAAUGACAAAACCUUUAACAAAAAUAUGAGAGUAUGCUAGACAUUCUACAACCGUCUGUUAAUCAUGAAAAUUAAUAUUGGAGUUGAACUGUGUUACUUUGAAAUGAUUUAAAAUCUCAGUCAUCGUGUUCAUAACCUUUUAUUGCCUUAUCCCUCAAGCGCUGGAAAUCUGCGAAGUGAAGUUCCGGUCACUGGUGGGUGUUCUGACGGCACUUCCAUGGGCAUUUGGAACAAUGGCGUGGGGGGGACUUGCUUAUUUCAUAAGAGAAUGGAGGACCCUACAGCUGGUUGCAUCAUUUCCAAACCUCCUCAUCUUGCCUGCUCUUUAUUUUAUAGACGAAUCGCCCCGCUGGCUAAUUACCAAAGGCCAACACGACAAGGCAGUGAAGGUACUGCAGAAAGCAGCGCGCUGGAAUAACUCCGAACUCCCCUCAGAGGCUGAGCUCAGAACUCUCAUGCAAGAAAUUGAAGAAGAGGCCAAGAGGAAGAGGGAGUCUGCCCCAAAAACUACAACUUCUACAAUUCGUAAGAAGCUGUCUGGCAUCCUGUCAAGACCUCUUCUCUGCAGCACGAAGAGAAUUAGCCUGAUCACAGUCAUCAUGUGCGUGGAUUACUUCGUAGCGGCCACCGUUUUCUAUGGCCUGAGUCUCAACGGCACCAACUUCAGCGCAGACCCUUUUAUUUACAUGAUCCUCUCCGGGCUUAUGGAAGUUCCAGCCUACUCCGUCACGGCGCCAGUCAUACAGAAGUUCGGCAGGAAGAAAACCACCGUCUUUGGCUUUGCUGUGACUGGUGUUGCCAUCCUAGCUCUGGCUUUUAUCUCUGAAGAUGUCGUGUGGCUGGUCAUGACGUUCGCUUUGGUGGGGAAGAUGCUUAUCAGUGUGGCUUUCCAGACCAUUUACGUCUACGUCAACGAGCUCUUCCCCACGGUCGUCAGAGGGGAAGGACUCGGGGUCGCCUUCAUAGCCUCGAAAAUCGGGUCGGUGAUUGCGCCUUACAUUACAGAGUACCUUGUUUAA